GGUUACCACACCAGUCGCUCCCACUGUAGUUGUUGAAGGGGAGUCGGUGAGAGUUUCGUUGUGAACCGGAUAGCGCGUUUGGAAACGGGGGACUUUGGAUACGGAGAGGUUGCUUUUCUCUUUAGAGCGACUCAUCUGAAGGUAUCAUCAUGCCGGUGUUUCACACAAAGACGAUAGAAAGUAUUUUGGAGCCCGUGGCUCAGCAGAUCUCUCAUCUGGUGAUCAUGCACGAAGAAGGCGAAGUUGACGGUAAAGCCAUCCCGGAUCUCACCGCGCCCGUGGCCGCCGUGCAAGCGGCUGUCAGCAACCUGGUCCGGGUGGGAAAAGAGACGGUACAGACAACAGAAGAUGCCAUCAUGAGAAGAGAUAUGCCACCCGCCUUUAUAAAGGUAGAGACCGCAUGCACUAAACUGGUGCAGGCCGCUCAGAUGCUAAAGUCUGAUCCAUAUUCAGUCCCAGCCAGAGAUUAUCUGAUCGAUGGGUCACGUGGGAUCCUGUCCGGCACAUCUGAUCUCCUCCUGACCUUUGAUGAGGCUGAGGUUCGUAAAAUCAUCCGUGUGUGUAAAGGGAUUCUGGAAUAUCUGACUGUUGCCGAGGUGGUGGAAUCCAUGGAAGAUCUGAUCACAUACACCAAGAACCUGGGACCAGGCAUGACAAAGAUGGCCAAGAUGAUCGAUGAACGUCAGCAGGAAUUGACUCAUCAGGAGCACAGAGUCAUGUUGGUCAACUCUAUGAACACUGUAAAGGAGCUGCUGCCUGUACUGAUCUCAGGCAUAAAGAUCUUCGUGACGACCAGGACGUCUCAAGGUAAAGGUGUAGAGGAAGCCUUGAAGAACCGAAACUUCACCGUGGAUAAGAUGAGCACAGAGAUCAAUGAGAUCAUCCGUGUGCUGCAGCUCACGUCCUGGGACGAGGACGCAUGGGCCAGUAAGGUGAGAGGUCAAAGGUUAUCAUCUGCAUUGAUCAGACACAUCUCUUGAACACAACAAAAAUAC